AUGAGUUGCUUAAACAUUGUUCAAAAGAAUCGAGUAGAGGAGAAAACAAUGAAACAACAAGAAGAAGAACGCACUUUCGAUGGAAGUGUAGAUAAGCAUGGACGUCCUGCGGUGCGCAGAAGUACUGGAUCAUGGUUUGCUGGUGUUCUAAUUCUUGUGAACCAAGGUCUUGCUACACUGGCAUUUUUUGGGGUAGGAGUCAAUCUAGUUUUGUUUCUAACUAGGGUCAUGGGACAAGACAAUGCUGAAGCAGCAAACAGCGUUAGCAAAUGGACAGGCACUGUCUACAUCUUUUCUCUUUUGGGGGCUUUCCUUAGUGAUUCCUACUGGGGCCGUUACAAAACUUGUGCUAUUUUCCAAGCCAUCUUUGUGGUUGGUUUGGUAUCACUUUCUUUAACAUCAUACAUAUUCCUAGUCAAGCCUAGUGGUUGUGGGGAUGAAAAAACACCUUGUACUUCUCACUCCACCAUCCACGUUGUUCUAUUCUAUUUAUCCAUUUACUUGAUUGCCCUUGGCAAUGGAGGAUAUCAACCUAAUAUUGCAACAUUUGGAGCAGACCAGUUUGAUGAAGAUCACUCCAAAGAAAGCCACUCAAAAGUGUCUUUUUUUAGUUACUUUUAUUUGGCUUUAAAUCUUGGAUCUCUCUUCUCAAACACAAUUUUGGGGUAUUAUGAGGACAAGGGAAUGUGGGCAUUAGGGUUUUGGGCAUCUGCUGGUUCAGCUAUAGUUGCACUAAUCUUGUUCCUUGUUGGGACACCAAGGUACAGACAUUUUAUACCAAAAGGUAACCCACUUUCAAGAUUUUGCCAAGUGAUUGUUGCUGCAUUAAGAAAAUGGAAAACUGAGGUCCCUUCAAGUGAUGAUAAAUUACAUGAAGUAGAUGGUAAGGAGCUUGCACAAUAUGGGGACAGAAAAAUACUUCAUACGCAUGGAUUCAAGUUCCUGGACAAAGCCGCAGUUAUCACAUCAAAGGAGUAUACUUUAGAAGGAAAGGAUCUUGGCAUUAAUCCGUGGAGACUUUGCUCAGUGACACAAGUUGAAGAAGUAAAAUGCGUACUUAGACUUCUUCCAAUUUGGCUGUGCACCAUACUGUACUCUGUCGUCUUCACUCAGAUGGCCUCUCUUUUCGUAGAACAAGGGGCUGCUAUGAAAACCACUAUUGCAGGCUUUCAUAUUCCUCCGGCGAGCAUGUCUAGCUUCGACAUUCUUAGCGUUGCAGCUUUUAUUUUCAUCUAUAGGCGAGUUCUCGACCCCCUUGUUGCCAGAUUUAGAAAGUCUAGUCCCAGAGGGCUAACUGAGCUUCAACGAAUGGGAAUUGGCCUAAUCAUCGCUAUAAUGGCAAUGAUAGCAGCCGGUUUAGUAGAACAUUUUAGACUGAAGCACGUGCAGAAAGAUUGCCCGAAAUGUUCGAGUACUUUGAGUAUCUUCUGGCAAGUCCCACAAUAUGUUUUAAUCGGCGCAUCAGAGGUUUUCAUGUAUGUUGGACAAUUGGAGUUCUUUAAUGGGCAGACGCCCGAUGGUUUGAAGAGCUUUGGGAGCGCACUUUGCAUGACUUCCAUAUCAUUAGGAAAUUAUGUGAGUAGUUUGCUAGUGAGUAUAGUCAUGAAAAUUUCUACCUCUGAUAAAAUGCCUGGAUGGAUUCCUGGAAACCUCAACAAAGGUCAUUUGGACAGAUUCUACUUCCUUUUAGCAGCUUUGACAAGCGCUGAUCUUGUGGUGUACCUUGUGACAGCAAACUGGUACAAGUACAUCAAAUUUGAAGAGAGAAAUGGGACAAACAAUGGAGAAAUGAAUGAAGAAUUCAGACUAGUCUAG